GGAGUCGCGCGGGUACGCGAGAGAGGAAGGAGGAAAAAAAAACUCAACCAUCAUCAACUCGCUGGCGGAGCGGGGUCACGAACUAUGACCUUUAACAGAAGAAAACCAAAACAAAUAUUUUAUAAAAUAGCAGAGCGCACUAAAUCUGUGACCGCCAGUUCCCGGAGACCUCACUAAUGACUUUACUUCAUCAUGACGUCCAACCUGAAUCUGCUUUCCCAGCAGAAAGUGGAUUCUGAGCAUGAGGCAGAGGUGUCAUCCUCUCCAUCAGACUCAGUGAUGAGUGAGUCUCCGCAGCGCUUUCAGGUCAUCUCGACUGAGCCCUCUACACCACAGCGAAUUCAGAUUGUAACCGACCAGCAGACCGGUCAGAAGAUCCAGAUAGUGACAGCAAUGAACCCAUCCAGUGCCCCCAAGCAACAGUUCAUUCUGACUACAGCUGACAGCUCAGGGGCAGGAAAGGUCAUCCUGGCCUCACCAGACAGUCACAACGCCAAACAGCUCAUCUUCACUGCUGCAGACAGCCUCAUGCCAGGAAGAAUACAGAUUGUUACAGAUCCAGUGUCAAUGGAACGGUUGUUAGGACAGUCAGGAGAUUUGAGCCGACCACAGCCGGUGGAGUACUGUGUGGUGUGCGGAGACAAGGCUUCAGGACGUCACUAUGGUGCCGUCAGUUGCGAAGGAUGUAAGGGCUUUUUUAAGCGGAGUGUGAGGAAGAAUCUGACUUACAGCUGCCGCAGUAAGCAGGACUGCGUCAUCAACAAACACCACCGCAAUCGCUGCCAAUUCUGUCGGUUGAGAAAAUGCCUUAAGAUGGGGAUGAAGACUGAGUCUGUCCAGAGUGAGAGGAAACCCAUCGACAUUGUGCCCAGAGAGAGGCAUGCCAACUGCGCGGCCUCCACCCAAAAGAUCUACAUUCGUAAGGACCUAAACAGUCCGCUCAUCGCCACACCUACGUUUAUCUCCGAUACAGAGACAGAUGGAUCCAGGUCCAGCUUGCUGGACCAGGGGAUGCUGGUUAACAUCCAGCAGCCAGUGAUCCAGAGUGAUGGAACUUUGGUGCUGGCAACUGAUUCAAAGAUGGAUUGUGGGCAGGGAGACUUGGGGACGCUAGCCAACGUUGUGACAUCACUGGCCAACCUAAGUGACUCACUAAAAGAAAACCUAAACAAUGGUGAUACCUCAGACAGCCAACAUGAAGAGCAGUCUGCAAGCGAGAUAACACGUGCCUUUGACACCCUGGCCAAAGUUUUCAACCCACCUGAAGUUGGGGUCGAAGACAAUCUGGCUGAUAAGUCACAAUGUGUCAGUGGAACAACGAUCCAGCUGAUUGGUCGAGACCAGGAGACCCCUAUUAUAGAGGUGGAAGGACCACUGCUCACAGACAGUCAUGUCAGCUUUAAGCUGACCAUGCCCAGCCCCAUGCCCGAGUAUCUGAAUGUACACUACAUCUGUGAAUCUGCAUCUAGACUUCUCUUCCUCUCCAUGCACUGGGCACGCUCAAUCCCAGCCUUCUCGGCUCUCGGUCAGGAGGCAAACACAAGUUUGGUGCGAGCCUGUUGGAACGAGCUGUUCACUCUGGGUCUUGCUCAGUGCGCUCAUGUGAUGAACCUGUCGACCAUCCUUGCCGCCAUCAUCAACCACCUUCAAAGCAGCAUCCAGGAUGACAAACUGUCAGGGGAAAGGGUGAAACAGGUGAUGGAGCAUAUCUGGAAGUUCCAGGAGUUCUGUAACAGCAUGACAAGGCUGGAGACCGACAGCUAUGAAUACGCCUACCUGAAGGCUAUAGUGUUGUUCAGCCCAGAUCACCCAGGUGUUGACAGCAGUGGGCAGAUUGAGAAGUUCCAGGAGAAAGCUCUGAUGGAGCUACAGGACUAUGUGCAGAAAACAUAUCCAGAUGACACCUACAGGCUGACACGUAUUCUGACUCGUCUGCCUGCACUGCGCCUCAUGAACUCAAGCAUCACAGAGGAGCUCUUCUUCACCGGCUUAAUAGGAAAUGUUUCUAUUGACAGCAUAAUUCCUUACAUCCUCAAGAUGGAGACGGCUGAGUAUAACAGCCAGGACUCUGACUCUACAGAAUGACACGCCAUCACUCCGAGCACCCUAACUCUCAGAGUUUGAAGUAUUUAGUGAGUCUCCUCUUCAGGUACACACUUUCUCUUGUAAGGAUUGUAUUUUUGAACUGUAGUACUAAAUCCUGCAGCAAGCCCUUGCUUUCAAUGAUGCAUAGUGCAAAGUCAUUCAGGUAGAUUGAGAUGGAAUGGCACUGGACAGCCUGGAUGGCUGAGGAUGUUUCCUGAAGCUGAUGCAGUCAGUCCUGUUGAACUAAGUAACAGAAUCUUCAGCAUCUACA